AUGGGCGCCGCGCCAAGGAAGCGGGCCCGGCGGGGGAGGGAGAUCACUAGGCAGUGGCGCGGUCAGACGUGGAAAAAUUCAGGGCCGUCGUAUAACAAGAUAUGCGACUUGUAUAAUAGCCUCACCUCCCCGCCUCAAGUUCCCCGUAUCUCCUUCCUCCUUCCCUCCCCGACGACGACGAUUGCGACUGCAGGCAUGGACACUUCCGCCUUUGCACAGUACUCGCCCCUCUUUACGUCCGGCCUCCUCUCCGGCCGCACCACCCCCGAGCACGACUCGGACCGUGCCCCCGCGUCUCCCUCCUCCUCUCGCCUGUCCUGGCGCCGCCGCCAUUUCAAGCGGGAGCACCACGACAGCCUGCCUCUCGCCGUGGACACCGCAAUCACCAGCUUCUACGCGGUCGUGCGCUCCGACAUCGACCUUGCCGCGGACAAUGCCAUGUUCCUCACUCUCAUGCCGCACCGGCGCCAGACGGACGGGGGCCGCUCGUUCCUGUCCCUGGAUCUCGCCGAGUGCCAGUCCAUGCGCUCGAUGAGCCUGCGUCGGAAGGACACCGUCACGACGCGGGCUACGACGUACCUUGGGCAUUCUGAGCCCAACUCGCCGACGGGAGCCUUGAAGACAAUAGGAGAGGACUUCACAUACUCUCACUUCGGCCUCGCGAGCCCUCCGAGCCCUGCACCCUCUAAACUCCGCCGAUCCUCUCGCGAGACUCUCCGUCUCCCUUCUCCAAAGCCUGCUCCAUCCGUUCGCUUGCCUGACCCUCCAACAGUGCCCACCUCACGACGGCGGCGUACAUCCAAUUCCACUCUAACGCUCUCUACUGUCCUCUCUGCCUCCCCAUCAUCAACGACGAGCCCCAUCUCUCUGUCGCACCACGCUUCGCACUCGGCACCGUCGCUCCUCCACAUGCCGCUCUCCAUGCCGCCAAAUUUCCAGCCUGAUCAUUCCUACUCCUUCUUCUCGCCCUCCUCACCAACCGCACCCGCGAGUUUGCCCCUCGCAUAUUCACCAGAGUCAUCACCCGCACCCUCAAUCGCGUCUGCCCCUGCGGCCAUCGGGCUCAGGGCAUCACCAUCCUUCCGCUCUGUAGCCUCCGUCAACACGCGUUUACGCAAUCGCUCCGCCGCGCUGGCGGUGCUCGAGGGCCGGACACGGGCGAAGGCGCCUUCGCGGAACUUCAUGAGCAUGAGCGACGACGAGGACGAGUGCGAGCCCGAGGCAGAACAGGAGCCAGAGCAGGAGGACGAUCGCGAUCAGGCCGACGUGCAAGCGCGACUGUUGGAGGUGCUCCAGGAGGAGGAAGACGUCGUCAUCCCAUUGUCGCUAUCGCCCUCAAAGCGCCCCGCAGUGCUGAUUCCCGAUAACAUGAAGGACGAGUCUGGCAAGUGGCUCAGCGGGACGUCGCGUUCGCCGGGCGCGGUGACGGGUUCGAGCUCGACGCUUCCGAAGAGGAGCCGGAGGGGCACGCUGGAGUCGUUCUUGCAGCCGCUGGCGAACUUCAUCGAUCUGAGAGAUGACGACCGCUCAUCGAGAGGCUGGAGGAGCUUCGUCGAGAUCUCCUCAUAG